AUGGUUCCUGAACCCGCUGGUUUGGCGACGAUGAUGGCGUCGCCAGAAGCGUCACCAUCGACGUCCCGAGACGAAUGUUGGUAUAUGGAGAAGGCUGGCCGUUUAUUCGGCUACGAUGAGAUUAUCGCACCAUGGGCAACGAAACGCUAUAGCCUGUCAAUAGAAGGGUAAGU